CCUCGUUAUUUUCCUCGGCGUACACUACCACUGUAUGCUUUUAUUUUGAAAUGAGUUGUGGGUGGGUGUCUUCAUCCGGGCACUUCAAAGACCAAGCAGGCGGAUCAUGGACGACCAACACGAAGACAAGGCUGAGAUAGGCACCAGCGCCCCCCGCGACCCCAAAAGGAAUAAGCGGUAGAAAAUGGAUGGAUGGACUGGAGGCUUUGGUUUCAGAUGCUGGAAUAGACGCCUUUGACCCUAACAUUCCAGAGGAGGGACCUUCAGCGCCCCCUCCUGGAUGGUUGGAUGACAUCAUGGGAUACCAGGGUCACAAAGGAGAUGACGACAACCCCAUGUACCCUCCCCCUCCGGCCUACACCCCCCAGCCCCAAGUGGAUAGGAACACUGUGGUGCCUGACGUUAGGGUUCCCUCAGUGUCGGAAGAUGUGGCCAGAGAUGCCCUCCUUAAAUUUGUCCAGUCCAAGUGGAAUUACAGCUCCAAGCCAGCCCGCAACCUGACCUUCAAAGAACUCCGACCUGUCACCGUCUACCGGUACAGACUGGAGACUUACACCGAGACCAGAACCAGCAAAUGGGACUUUGAAUCCUACAAGGGACAGCCUGUGGAUGGUCCUCAGUUUGGAAUGAGUCCUCCUCCGUGGGACAUUCCUGUGACGUUACCCCCAAGAUUCACUGACUUGGUGGAGAUGAUCCGAGUUCCACACUCAUCCUUCGUCAAGUUGUGUCACAAGUGCAGCGGCUGUGGAAGGACUCGGUGUGUGUCGUGUCACGGCAGAGGCAUGAAACGUUGCACAUUCUGCCACGGUCACGGGCGUUCUCACAACAAGCGCUGCACUUCCUGUCACGGCCGUGGACGCAGAAGGUGUAUUUCCUGUCACGGUCACGGCUCUAAGACGUGCGUUGUGUGUCAUGGCAGUCAGAACCUCCUUCAUUUCAUCCAGCUUACAGUGACUUGGAAGAACAAUGUUGAGGAUUACAUUCCUGAUCGCCAGCCUGAUUUCCCGGAUAAGAAGUUUGAGGAGGUGACAGGUGACGCCUUCUUUGUGGAUGAGAGUUUACUGGUGUAUCCCAUUCAAGGGUUUCCCGACCAGGAGAUCUGUGACGCCUCCCACAAGCUGAUAAACGAACACCUGAAUCGCUUCAACACUACCUGUCGUAUCCUACAGCAACGGCAGACGGUGGAGCUGGUGCCGCUAACGCACGCCUUCUACUCAUACAGUGGCAAAGACUUCAGCUUCUUCGUGUAUGGAGUGGAGAACAAAGUGUUCACUUCCAAGUAUCCGUCUGCAUGCACCAUUUUGUAGGACAAGGCGAAGAACACUGUUGAUUUUGAACUUGCAACCUUUUGUGGAGUUCACAUGGCAACGGUCUGACAAGGAAUGUAUGGGCGAUAAUUUAAUCAGAAAUGGUCGUUUUGGGAAAAGUUGAGAGCUAAAGGAGAUGAAAAAAUCCCUAACAUUUACAAGAUAUGGCUCCUUUAAAUACAACUUUUUUUGAACGUGUGUGCAAUGAUUAAGUCCUCCAGUAGGGGGCACUGUUAACCUCAAAGAAACAAAUCUAGCUAAAUACAGGACUGUAAUCUCGUGUCAUAGUUAUAAACCAAUGUUUGAUGACUUCAUCACAAAUGUAUUUACUGUAUAUCUAUGUAUCUUAUACAUUAUAAUUUUGUACUAAAAUAAACUAUAUAGGCCUAUCUGUAUAUAUAUAUAUAUAUAUAUAUAUAUAUAUAUAUAUAUAUAUAUAUAUAUGAUACACAUCUAUACUGUACCACAUCUAGUGAUAGACUGCCAGAUGGGAUAACAAUAAAUAAAUGUAUAUUUUAAUAAUUAUUUAAAUGUGUCAUUGAUUAUAAUUGGAAUUAAAUGAAUGUGUAAUUUAUUUGUUUAGUGUAAAAUUACACACAAUAAUUUGAUUAAAUACUGAUUUGGCUAUUUCAUGAUUUAAUUUUUUCACUAUUCAGUUAUUGAUUUCAUAAUUGUUUUAAUUAUGGACACAUUUAAGUAGUUACUUUAAACUUAAUGUCUCAUUUGGCACUCUAUGCAUAUAUAAUGUAUUACGGUACUUCUAAGUCUCUACAAUGGCAAUACAACUUCAGUGUCCACAUGUAUUUCAAUAAAACGUAAAACUGC